AUGCAAGACUUGGAAAGGAGCCUUUCUGAUGCAGAGCGGGGCACGAGGCUGAUAGAGGCGGCUAAGGGGGGGGCGGUGGAGGAGGUGCGGGCGUUGCUCGCGGCUGGGGCGGACGUGGCGGCGAGGGUCGGGGUCUGGGGGACCGCCCUGCACUGGGCUGCACUGAGAGGCGACGCGGCUGUGGUGCGGCUGCUGCUCUCUGCGGCGUCCGACCCCAACGCCAGGAGUCAGUGUGGGCAGACGCCGCUGCACUGGGCGGCAUGGAGUGGCCAAGCAGAAGCGGCGGCUGCGUUGCUGCAGGCCGGAGCCGACAGGGGGGUGAGGGCUAAUGACGGGAGGACCCCCCUGGACGUCGCCAGGCAGUACAACCAUCAGGAGAUCCAACAGGUGGCGUCAGACAGCCCGCGCAAACGGCCGGCGCAGUCGCCGAGGGGAAACUCGCAGGUGGGGGAGCGACGCAGAAUGCGGGCAGCGAAUCCGGCAGAGGGCCGCGCAUGCGCAGAUGAUGUGGCGGGGCGGGAGCAGGCGAAUAGUAGUAGCGAGGUCUCUAGAGUUGUGGUACCUGUUGUGGAUGUCCUGCAGUGUAAGCCGGUGGGUGAACACAUGCCGUGGGUUAUCGACCAUCAGAGUGCAGACCUAAGUGAACGAGACACGAUGAGCGUGGAAUUAAUUGCAGAAGCACAGGCUGCUCUUGCAGGGGGACCGGAGGUGGAAACUAAAUUUUGA